AUGGCCGAUGCUGUGGGCCUCGCUGCAAGCGUCAUCGCAAUCAUCGACCUGUCCGCCAACGUCGCCGUCCUCUGUCUCCAAUACUCCACCGCUGUCGGGAACGCUAGGGCUGACAUCACACGCCUCCGAAGCCGGUUGGACGACCUAGGCACAACCCUCCAGGGUGUUCAUCAUCUUCUUGAUAACCUGAAUGAUCAAGCGCUCGCGACGUCGCGAAAACUGGUCGACUCUGUUGAUGGCUGCACAUCAGAGCUGGUCCAGUUGCAGAGCAGGCUGGAUCCGGGCAAGGCCCGCAAGGCGAUGCGCCGUUUCGGACUUCGUGCCCUCAAGUGGCCGUUCGACAGCAAGGAGGUCAGCGAUAUCGUCUCUAACCUAGAACGCUAUGAACGGACCAUCACUCUAGGUCUACAAAUCGACCAAACUACAAUUCUGCUCGACAUACAGCAGAGGAUCGAAGGCGUCUCGCUCCAGCCCGAAGAGGAUGCAUCGAUAGCUCGCAAGCCCUGCUUCAACCUACCAUUCGAACGCGAUCCCGACUUCGUCGACCGACCCAAUAUUAUGGCGUGGAUGGGGGAGCAAUAUACAGGCCCCGUCGGUCGCAUGGCCCUCGUUGGCAUGGGCGGAUUCGGGUACGAGCCGGAGUGGCUAACGAACUUGUGCAGACCAUAA